GUCGCGACGUCCUCGUAUCGCAGUGACUUGCGCCGAUUUCUCGUUGAUACGCGAUCGUACGAGACGUCAACGGUCGAGUAUUUGCAGGAUAUCCUCGAUAAAUCGCGACAUCCUCGAAGGAUAAGCGUCGAACGAUCGAUUUCACGGUCCGAAGACUCGAAGACGUUCGACGAUCUCGGAGUCUUCUGCUCAGGGGCGGUCGAUCGUCAUUUUGAAACGUUGGGGAACGGAUUUCCCGAAUAGCCGAAUCGCUGCGUGCACCCACGCUCGAUCUCCCUCAGAUAAAGUGCCACGAGGGCACUGACUGAAUUAUCCCCGGCGUGAUUAUUGGACGCAGCAGACCGGAGUACUUUCGCGGGGGGUACGCGGCUCCGUUUCCUAUCGAGAAAGUCCAACGCUAUCGGGGAUUCCCCGCCAUCCCCCGGUUUGCUUUGUGCCGCGUUUUGCUCUUUCCCUCUGUUUCGCCCUUUUUUUCACACCUGUGUGUGCCAACCGCUGACUUGGCACCGCGCUCGCGAGCGAGCGGCACCGACCAGGAAAAGAAGAGAACCGAAGGGGAAAACAGAAAACUCGAGCGUGCUCGCGGACCUCUUCCCGAUUUCCCUUCCUCUUUCGCCCUCUUGAAUCUCGAACGAGUUCUGUGCGCGCCGCUGGAUGGAUCACCGGCUUUGAUACUCGACUCGAUAUUUGUCCAGCAGCUACCAUUGUUCGAAGUGCGUGGAUGGAGGAACUCUUGCAGUGGUUCCAAUUCGUUUGCGUCAUCAAGAAUUCUUUCUGAAACCCCAGUUCGAACUGCGUGGGUGCUUCGACUGUGUAUGUGCAAGUCUGGUGAUCCAUAGAUACCGGGGAACCUCGCCGACGCGUACUAGGAAUUUUAAACUGUCCGGCUGCGACGAUUCGACUGGGGCUCGAUUUUAGACCUGGAGAGUAUACAUGGUGAAAGUUCUGGCGAUGAAGAUGAGCAAAGUGGGCAACCAGACCAAUUCACAGGACCCACAGGCGGUGAAUUCCCGGGUGUUCGUCGGGAAUCUAAACACGUUUCAGUGCAGCAAGACCGAUGUGGAGCGAAUGUUUCAGCGCUACGGCCGUCUGGCAGGAAUAUCCAUGCACAAAGGCUAUGCAUUCGUACAAUUCACAAAUCCCUUUGAUGCUCGCAGCGCCUGCCUCGGCGAAGAUGGCCGCACCGUUCUUAGCCAGAUACUCGACGUCAACAUGGUGGCUGAGCCCAAACCUCAUCAAACGGGACGCAAACGGCAGAACGUUACCAAAACUGGCAACGAUUGGGACUACUACUACGACAGUUACUAUGCGUCGACUGCUUUUCCGCCCCGUUUGGCCCCGCCGUUGAAGAGACCCCGUUUGAUGCCGCCGACUCGAUCGCAGCAUCCGAAGCAACAGAAACAACAACCAGCUGCAAACACGGCCACUGUUCCGGACUUGAACCAGCUGAAAGUAUACAGCAAUCCGGAUAUCCUGAUUUGCGGCAACUGCAGGGAAAUGUUUACAGACUUGGGCGAACUGCUCGAACACAAGCGAAAUUACUGCAAGCUGCGGUUCACGUGUAAAUGUCACACCUUCAACGGAACAGCCCCAAGGGAUUCUACGACGGCCCUUCUCUGCGUUCUCUGCAAAGUAUCGUUCCCGUCAGCAUGGGAACUGAUGGUUCACGCUCAGGCGGCUCAUAUGAUCAACAUUUACGAGCUGGGAACUCGGCCUCAGAGUCCAAGAUCCGCGCCCAGCCCUCCGCAAAGUCCCACCCAGCAUCAAAAAGAAUCAUCACCGUCGCCCCAAGACUUUCAGCAGGAAACCAAAGCGUCCGAUUGCGAAGAACGCGCCGAAGAAGAGGAUUUAGAUGGACACGAAUUAAUACCGUCCCCUGACAGUGGCAAAUCAACGGAUAACGAGGCAGCUCUGUCACCGAUUAAACUACGAUCUGAUGUGAAUGGACUGGAUCACGAAGAAUGCGACGAACUAAUGCACGUCGAAAACACCACACAAUCUUGCAUCAUGCACGCUCUAAGCAUUGAUUCGUCCUUGGAACUCAACUCUGACACGAACUCGAGGGGAAGUUCUGGCCCAGUCAUGGCGUUGACUAAUGGAUCCUUGUCCGCGAAGGAAUAAGUCGAGAAAGAAUUAGUCAUUGGAACACGGUUCUCCCUGUCCGGGGAUUUCUGUACCAACGCCACCAACGAGACAUAUCGAUCUCCUUUAAGGAUAACACACCCGUCUGUAUAUAGCUUAAAUGCCUAACAAAUAAUUCAGGGUCGUCUCAUGCCAGAUCUGGGACCUAUUUUGGCGAGUUUAGUAUCGAUGGAUCGCGAGCCGUUUCGAGGAUCCGACGAAUGGGAAAGAUUUAAAGCGUUUCGCCUUCGUUCGCGUCCGUCUUAUCGAUUAAUCCCGUUUUGCUCUCUUUUCUUCUAGAACUUAGCCAGAAGACGAAUCGUUUUUGGCGAGCUUCCAUUCAGAUGAAAGUACCGAUUCCUGUUUUUUCCCCCCCUCUUCGCUCCCUCCUCUCUUCGUUUUAGUUUUGUUCGUUGUAGACACGUUCCCCCAAGUACCGCGUUCGAAAAUUUUUACAGGCACGAUGACUUUCCGCAACGUUCGAGGAAUACGAUACCGUAAGUUGGGGGCAUCCUUCGCCCAAAGUUUAAUCAUUUUCUACCCUCCGGAGGAAUAUUUGAAAGAAACUAUUUAAUUGUUUUUUUAGAGAAAGAAUUGAAUUUCUUUUAGACGGUCAAAGAUCGUCGAUAAAUUAUUGCAGAUUAGUUGAAACUUGGGAUAACUUUGGUCCAAAAUUUUAAAGAAACUAUUUACGAGAAAUCGACGAACUAAAUACGAAAAUAGAAGUUUGGAGAAAUAUUCUCUUUUUGUACAACUGACACUGCCACUCAAUUUUCACGUAAAAAAUAAACUAUCUCCUAUUUUGAAUUCAAAUUUACUUGACUGAAGUUACUCCAGCUUGUCGAGAAUUUUAACCAAAAUUCCGUUCGAUCGAGUGAUAAAAAAUUAUUAGGUAUUCCUUGUCUGUGAUAAAUAUUACAUUUCUUAUCGAUCUUAGACGCAAGCUUGCUUUGCGGGAAACGCGUUUCGAGAGAUUCGUUGCGAUUGUCCGACCGCCCGAGGGGCGGGAAAAGAUUUUUAAGUAGUCAGCCGCGAUGACUCUUAAGUAGAAGAUGCAACGUUAAUGGAUUCUUUUUUUAACGUCGUCGAGAAAUAGGUGAAAACCAGGCUUGCCCGUUUGUGGUAGCGUUUUAUGAAUAUUGCAAGUUGACUGCUGGCGUCGACGACUUAGCAAAAGAAGAAUAUUGUUUCUCCCAGAGAACGUCGUGUUUCUUUUAAUAUUUAAAAAAUCACUAACUAUAUAAUUCGAGUUUCAAUCCCCUGUCGCAUAAUUUGACACGAAAGAGAGCCCAAGAAAAAAAAAAUCCUUGUAAAGUUGACUGGAAAAAUUUUUGAUGAAUUUGCAGGUGAAUUCAUUUAUUAUUUAUUUUUAACAACCUUUGACAGAUGAAAUGAAAGUCAUGCAGUAGAAGAUUAACAUUACAAUGAACUAAUUCUGUGUAGGAGUGCUGAAAGAAAAUGUUUGAACACAGGUAAACACUUCUAUUCGAUCCUAUAUUUUUAAACUAAAAUGUCUAUGUUAAUUCUGGGUUAAAAUGAAGUAACUUUGAUUACAUCGAUUUGGCAUUCAACGUGUUAAGAGCAGCCUAAUACCAAGGUCUCCCAGAAAAUAUUACGUGUUUCAAAACCUUAAUUUAUUAAGUGAUAAGUACAACGAAACAUAAUUUUAAGCACGAUGAUCUGUGACUUUUUCCCCAUCGUUUUGAAAGCAAUUGCGUUCCUCUGUAAUAUCAUGUUUAAUGCCAUCAUUAUCAAAAAGAGCUUCCCAACAAUGUAUUAACGAAUAUACUUUAUUUUGAUAGGCUGUUUAGAAAUAAAAACAAAGUAGAACGUAAAUGUUUUCUGGGAUGCCCUAAUUAGGUAAAGUAGUAUAAAUUUUCAAUGUAAUUGUAUUUUAAUGACUUGUUUUAACCGUGCAGACGAAAUCCAUGCAAUCAUUAUCAACAUUUGCAGCUAAAUUAGUCUGCAUUCCACGAUCUACAAAUACGAUUGUAAAUAAAUUCGUCUGCUUUCCCCCUGAAUCUCUUAGCUCGGUAACAAAAGUUAAUUCUUAUUAAACGCUUAAUUAUUUAGAACGUUGUAAAUAUUCGUGUAACCUUAAGUUAGCGUAAUGGUGGUAGUUGUUACGUUUCGUAAGAUUAAUUAGGGGAGAUUCGAUCGAAACGCUUUAAAUUCCGCGUGGAAACGCGACUCCACGAUGAAUUCUGCGAUCUCGUCGAUACGAAUUAGCCGAAUGAUGCUGAUUUAGCGUCGAGCUGACCGCCAUUGAUAUUAUUAAGACACUUUUUGAUCCGAGUAGUAACCGAACAAGGUGACAGCGACUGAUCGUAUAGGGAGAGAAGAUGAAUUAUUUAAUUUCCCCGGUAGAUGAUAUCCAUUAUGUAAACUUGGCAUCCGUAGGAUCGAACCGAUAUGGUACUAGACGCGUGAAAAGAAAAAAAAAAAAGAAAACAUGGAUUCCCGGAAUUCUAUCGAUCGCGAACAAGAUGAUUAGCAUAUCAAACGUGUAUUUUUGAUGACGUAUGAGUGCGGUUUCUUUUUCUCCAGCGAAACAAACAGAGGCAUGCAUCGUCCAAAUUAGCGUAACUGAUCGAAAAGGAGGGAUAGAACGAAGAGAAAAAAAAAAAAAUGAAGAAAAAACAGAAUCUAUUACGGUUACUAGUAACGACCGGCUACGUACAGAGAUAAUGGUGUUUAGAACUAUAACUAACACACUUUUCGGAAGGAUGAACCGUCGCGUCGGUUCGAUCGAUCGUCAGAUUCAAACGGAAACACGUUCUUCGCGCCAUUAUUCGACAUUGAACCGCAUGCUGAUAUACCGUACUUUAAAUAGUUACAGAAAGCCUCUGAUAACUUUGGAAAUAUACCUGUUUUCUAUAGAUAAAUAAUACUUGCAGUAUCAUCGAGUACUCAGAGUUUGUGUCAUUAUUUCCACGUGAUUAUAUACUGUGCGAGUCAGUCCAUUGUUAACUGUUCGAUUUGAUUUUUGAGAAAUUCAAAGCAUAGCAGCAGUCAGGCAAUCGAAAUCUCAUUGUCGUUUAAAAUGCAACGAUCAUAAUUUUUCCGGAUGGUAGAUUUAUUUUUCAACGUAGAAAUCGAACCGAAAUUCAAUUCCAACGCGUUACUGACUGCAACACCGAUCAGUUGCUUCCGUCUCAUUGAAGAAAUCGUUGAUCGAACGCAAGUUAUCGGAUGAUAUCGAGAUGGAAAUGACUCGUAAACAUGAUUAUCGUUAAAUGUUGUUGAAUCGCCUGAAAUAUCCAGCGUACCCUGCGCGCCUCGACUUCCGAAAACGCAACGAAACGUUCGCGAUGGUUGCGGCGAACGGUUAAAAGGUACUUUGACUCGAUCUCGCGAAGAUCGAUGAUAAUCAGGAGACGCAAAGGGAAAACUAGGGCUGCUAAUAUCCGUGCGUCAGAGUGCAGGUGGUUUCCAUUUAUCUCUCGUUACGGUAUGAUCUAACGCGAAUAACUAUCGUGGAAACAAUAAUACUUGCAACAAUAAGAAUAAGUGUCCAGUUAACCCUCUCGCUUAUGGCGCGUUAAAUUCAGCAUAUUCAAUUUCGUAUGCUUCAAAACGGUGGUAAUUUUACUUGGUAUUGUCCUACAUUUUGUACACGUAUAAAUACAUAUUAUUUAACUUCUGAUAGAAGGAUUGAAAUUUAAGGGACUGUCGAGAGAUUGCUAAAUACACCUAAUUUUUACCCUUUCCUGUCCCUUUGCCACUUGUUGUCACGUUCGAAAACUAACAGAAUUAAUUCUAUUAAAUUCUACCAAACUUGUACAGUGAUUAAGCAUCAUUUACACAAGCUAGAAGGUUUGGUCGUAUCAGUUCAUAGUCAUAUAUACAUUGUAAAAUACCGGUAACAACAAACGUGACAGUUGUUUUGAGAAAUUCGUGUCAGCUGGACGCUUCUUGACUAUUUUUGUGAGCACCGUGUGCGCCAAAAAUCCCUCGAUCCUCUUUUUCUCCGACAGGUCUGCACGAAAGAUGCGUAACGAAACAGGUUUUCAUAAAAAACCAAAGUGUAUUUACCCAAAAUGCGAAUAGACGAAUGCAAAGUCUGACUAUUAUACGUGUACCUUGAAACAACAAUCUGUUAGGAUAUUUUCUUGACAACAUUGGUCGAAUAUAUCGAAAUUCUAUGGCUAAUUGGAAUCGAGGGUGUCGAAAUAUUGUAGAUCGAUUACAAAAAUUUUUGUAUAAAACGCCGGCGUCGACGGUAUCUUGUGGUUCUAAGAUACGAAACGCUUGGCUUUUAAGGGACGCCAGUAAACAUUUUCAUACUUAUAUUUUAUAAGGAGCACCAGUUUAACGAUGAUCGCGCGACAAUUGCGCGUACGUUUGCCCGUAAUACAGUUUCACUAACAAUAUUUAUUAUCGUAGAUGUAUAUGUAUAAUUUAUGUAAUUCAUCGCGCGUAUCUAUUGUUGUAACGUUGUAAUAUAAUUAUCAUAAUAGACACGAGACGGAGUAAUCGGAACGGAGCCCGUAAGUCGUAAUCAAUAAGGGUGAAUUUAUGAGUUAUUGGAUGCAAAACGGACAUAACGAUUGUACGUACUUAUACCGUUUCUACCAUUAAUUAUAUUUUAUUAACCGUGCGCGUAUUCGCAUAUAUUUUUAAUAUCCGCACGGUAAUAAUUCUCUCUUCGUAACGCGAACGCUCGUACGAGGACGUAAUAACGGGAAUUUGAACAUAAUUCCAUCCGUUAAUUAAACGAGCAUAAUCAGAAUAGAAUUACGGAUCACUUCGGCAGCCCUAGAACGAUUGCAAUUCAGUCAUUGAUCGUUUCUUCAAUGGGAUCCUCAAUGUAGCUACGUCUGUUCCGUUUCCAUAAAUUUCGUUUCUAUUUUUUGAAGAACAGACUCGUGUCUCGAAAUAAAAAUGAUUAUUGAAUGCAAUUUUUGCGUUGUCGAAGAUCUAUUGGUUUGCCUGUCGCGAUGAAUUGCAAAUUGAUACAAGGUAACUCGAUCCUCCGUACACAUCGAGUUACGAAUACCGUUUUUUCCGUGUUCCAUCGAUCGUUUUCGACGCGAUCGGCAAGCCAAAGUUUAGAAUUUCGUACAGAACACGUUUGAACCGAAACGGGGAAUGAUUUCUGUACGAUCGAGAGCUCUGUUUCCCCCGUAGAUUUCUUCCGUGGAUCUGCUAAAUUCCAUCGUAAUUGUACAUACGAAGCGAACGACUCGUGAAUAAAUCCAUCCGGCGUUUCCCCGAUUGCCUUUUUUUCGGUUUGCUGUUUGUCGUAUUCCACGUGUCCCAUGCAAUUAUAUUUUAAUCGCGUGCGGACUGCGAGCGUCUCGCGGAGUGUCAGAGCGAACCGCGAAACACCGAUCGCGACGAGAUGGUGGAAUCCAAAUCGACGAAUAAAUACGUUACCGUACCCUUAGUGAUGUGUAGAUUAAGCUACGUUAAUCAUUUACUAAAGAACAUAUCUUCCGAGUGGUCUAUAUAGUUUAUCCGUAUCACCGAAUAUAUCCGUAA